AUGAUGAUGCAGGGCCUGCGCGGCAGCGGCCUCAACGACAGCGACCGGCAGGCGGAGGGCGUGGAGAUGGCGCUGGUGGACAUACCCACGGACGACGAGACUGGCUUGCCUCUCACAUACGACGUUAAGCUCCUGCAAGAGUUCUUCGACUCCAAGCCGCUGGCGCAGGCGCAGCGCAUCUUCCAGAUCGCCACCACGGGCUGGCCGCUCUUCGCCGGCGUCCUCGGCGAUCAGCUCCUCGGGCGCUCGGGCCCCGACGUGCAGGUGGAGCGCGCCGCGCAGUUCAACGGCGUGGUGACCACGCUGGGGCCGUUCUUCAUCAAGCUGGGCCAGGCGCUGAGCAUCCGUCCCGACGUCCUUUCUCCGAGGGCGAUGGUGGAACUGCAGAAGCUCUGCGACAAGGUGCCCAGCUACCCGUCCAAGAUGGCGAUGGCGACGCUCGAGAAGGAGCUCGGCGAGAAGUUCGGGCGGCCGACCGUGAAGGAGGACAUCUUCGAGACGAUGACGGCGGAGCCGGUGGCGGCGGCCUCGCUGGGCCAGCGCACCGCCGUGCCCGGCGAUGGGGCCCGCCGGGCCCGAAGCCCCGGGCGGCGGCCGGAGAUGCCGCUCGCGGAGCCCGUCGCCGCGGUGGCCGUGGAGCGCUCGUGGGGCGCCCUGGGGCGCGCCGCAGUGGCCCAGAUGCAGGGGCGGAGCCCGAGCUACGAGGACGCCCACCUGGUGUCCCAGGAUCGAGCUCGGCGCAUGCGGCGUCUACGGCGGCCACCACGGCGGGGAGGCCGCGGCCUUCGCCGCGGUCCGCCUGCACCGGCACGCGGUGGCCGCGGGAGCGCCGACGGCCGAGGCAUUGCGGGCCGCGUUCGUCGCGUGCGACGAGGAUCGAUGCGCAGGGCGUUGCCGCGGGCCGCCGCCGCGCAGGGCAGCUCCGCCGCGCUCGCCCUCGCGCGGGAGCUGCAGGGGGGGCCCGGCGGCGGCCUCAGCGUGGUGGUGGCGAACUGCGGGGACGCCCGCGCCGUGCUCUGGCGCCGCGGCCCCGACGAGAUCGAGGAGAGACGCGGGACCACCGGCCGAGCGACCCUCAGGAGCGCUCGCGCAUAG